GAGCGAACCAGCGCCAGUCUGUGUCUAUGCUUAGACCUCGAUAGUUGGGCGCGUCGUCGUGUAGUUCGAGCUAACAUCAACGCUCGCUCAAUCUCGCUCACUCAUUCACACUGAGACACACACACAUAUUUACGAAACCCAAGAUCGACUUAAACAGUUCAGUUGCAUUUCUGGUGUGCGCGACUGUGUGCGUGUGUGUGUGCAUCAGCUGUUGACAAAUUAAUGAGCGCAGCUUUGGCCUCCGUCGCCGUCGCUGUCGUCGUCUUGCAAUUCUAAACGAGCUGUGGACGACAGUUGGCUCAAAGUCCGAAGACAUUUCGCUGGGCUCGUGGACAAAAUUCGUUAGCUGAGUGAGACACUCACUCAUAUGAUACGAGUGUGAUUCGUUGGCUACUCAUCGGCCAAAGUUUCUCGUGCCGAGUUGUGCUCCAAACAGCAACAACAAUAACACUUUGCAAAAACCGGCAUUGCGCAGUGCUAAAAAACAACACAACAAAAAAACCAAAAACUCGCAACAAAAAUUUAGAGCUGAAGGCCUGUUAAUUGCUUAAGUAUUUGAAAACAGAUUGUUGUCAAUUCAAUAGUAGCGCAAUGACUGGAUCAGUUCACGAUCCGAAAUGGAGCUUGGAGAGGCGAGAAUCUUCUGGACAUUUGGUCUGGCGCAAGGAGUCGCCAUCGUCAAAGGUUCGUUUUCGAUUUGACGUUGAAGUGCUGGAAUUCGAAAAGCAUCCCAACGAAGAGCUUGAUCACACAGACGAUCACUUCUCGAUUACAAACCUAUCAACCACAGUUGCUCUCUGUGCCACAUGCGUAGCCGUUGUGGCAGCAUCCGUAUUCCUGCCCUGGUACCUUAUGGAGAAGGUCGGUUCGCUGUGAAAGCAAUAUCAUGCAGAUUGUGCAUAGUACAUAGUAGUAGAACUUACGUCAAUUGAAGGUAUUAAGUAGGCUUAUGUAUAUAGAGACAAGCAUGCGAUAGUUAUAUGUAAGUACUAAAUACGAUGUGUAAAUUUUAAUGUAAAUACGAGUAGUGCAUAUUAUAACAUAUACCAUAUUUUGUGAUAGACCUAUGUAAGUCUAAGGCUUUUUAAUGCAGAUGCAUACUGACUGUUUGUAAGCAAAUGAUUUAAUCGAUGAUCACAAAGAUAUUUAAGUGAAUAAACAGACAACUUGCCUAA